AUGGUCCAGGCGCGGCCGUCGCUCAACUACUUGGAGGAGCCCUACGCUACCGAGCCCACCCAGGCCGGGUCGGAGGAGAUCCGCUCGGACGCCAUCAAGCGACUCCUGGAGGUGUUCGGUAUGGACGACCCGCCCGUAGCCGUCACACACCGACGCAAGCAGCCGCCGCAAUACAUGCUGGACCUGUACAACACCGUGGCCGACGUGGACGGCGUGACCAAGGACCCCUAUCUGCUCGAAGGCAACACAGUACGGAGCUUCUUUGACAAACUUCGCAGCGAACAGGUGGAGUUCCGAUUCAACCUGUCCACUGUCGCCAGGACAGAGAAGAUCCUCACAGCUGAGCUCCACCUUUUCAAGCUGCGACCUCAGGCUACGUUGGUGUUCAACAGGCAUCACUUCUGCCAGGUUAGCGUCUACCAACUGCUGGACACCUCCAAAAGCAACAACACGCAAGAGAGGAAGCUGCUAUCUUCUCGACUCAUCCCAAUCCACUCCAACGGUUGGGAGGUGUUUACAAUCACUCAAGCUGUCCGCUCGUGGACGGCGGACGAGGGCAGCAACCUGGGGCUCCACGUGGUGGUGCGGAUUCUGGGGGGAAGCCAGAUGGACCUGAAGCUGAUUCGCUUUGCAUCGGGACGCAACCACCACCAGAGUAAACAGCCCAUGCUCGUGCUGUUCACAGACGACGGACGACGGCGGUCCACCACUCUGGAGAGCGCAGAUCCAGACAAUGCUCAAGAUACCGCCAUUUUACCCCAAUCCCACAUGGCCUCCCACGAAUCCCCUCGCAGUGCCCGUUCCUUGGACCAGGCAUGGGAGGAGGAGGGCGCGUCCUUACCGUGCCGGCGCCUGCCGCUCUACGUGGACUUUGAGGAGAUUGGCUGGUCGGGCUGGAUCGUGUCGCCGCGGGGCUACAACGCCUACCACUGCAAGGGCUCGUGUCCCUUCCCGUUGGGCCAGAACAUGAAGCCCACCAACCACGCCACCGUGCAGUCCAUCAUCAACGCCCUGAAGCUGAUCAAGAGCAUCGAGACGCCGUGCUGCGUGCCCGACAAGCUCUACUCCAUCAACCUGCUCUACUUUGACGACGACGAGAAUGUGGUGCUCAAGCAGUACAACGACAUGGUGGCGGGGAGCUGUGGCUGCCACUGACCCACCCCCCAUACCUCCAUCCUGUGCGGCCGGCCUUGUAUUAUAUGUAAAUAGGUAUAAAUUAUAAUAUAUGACAGUAGUGCUAACCUGUGAAAGACGUAAAUGUGCAUACUGUAUGUGUCCGGUUGUAAAUAAUUAUAAUGCUAGAUGUCCGAAUGGACCUUUGUCAAUCACUAACUUGCGCUAAUGCAGUAGUAAACUCAUGACCACAGUA